AUGCCUCCCAAGGGCAAGCAUGCUGGCAAGAAGAAGCAGGAUGAAGCUAGGUUGCAGGAACCAAAUUUUUGCGAGCCUACCGAGAAGCCCAAGCCGCCGAAGCAGCGGAAGGAAGCAGCAACAGCAUCGGUUGCGAGACGCCUGGACAAGGAUUUCGCAAAAGCGGCAGCUGCAUCUGGGGAGACUCCUAUCCGUUCGCCCUACAUGAAGAAGCCUCGUGUGAACUCCCCCGUGCUAGAGGACCUUGAGACACUACGUGAUGUGGAGGCGAACGAGGGCGACUCUCAGCUGGGUGUGAUUCCGAAUGGAGAUGAUAUGGAUGUGUCUUGGCCGUUGCCCCCACUCCCGCUCGGCAGCAAGGUCGCAACUGCAGGUGAUGCUGCUAAGGGUGCACCCGCUACACUAUCCCCAGAAGUCCGAGCAUCCCAACCUGAAGGCACAGAAUCCCAACAAGCGGCAGGACAUCCGGCGAAGUCGCCGUCUCCCAUGCUCGAGCCCCCUAAGUCCGCGAAGUCCAUCAAGAAAGCCCAGGCCGACAAUCCCAAGAAGUCCGAACCCAUGUCCCACAAGCCCGAGAAGUCGCAGCAGUAUCCCAUGGCCCACAAUCCCGAGAAGCAGCAGCAGUAUCCCAUGGUCCACAAUCCCGAGAAGUCGCAGCAGGAUCCCGUGGCCCACAAUCCCGAGAAGUCGCAGGAUCCCAUGGCCCACAAUCCCGGGAAGUCGCAGCAGGAUCCCGUCUCCCACAAUCCCGAGAAGUCGCAGCAGGAUCCCGUGGCCCACAAUCCGGAGAAGUCGCAGGAUCCCAAGUCUGAGAAGUCCCAGGCUACAGUGUCAGCUACGACCAUGAGCAAUGCCAAGUUCAACCGACCACGGCACCUGGACUCGCAGACCACGGUGGGCUUGGGCGACAAGACCUCGCCGAACAAGGCAGACAGCAUCUGUGCUGAAAUGUUGCAGCAAGGCUUGCCCGAGCCGGCUGAUGAACCUCCGACACAGACCCUUAUGGAUUACAUAUUCCGCGAUGGUUCGGAGGGUGUUCGCAACAUGAGCGAGGUUUCCCGAGCUGCAGAGAUCGUACGAUGGACACGGGCGAUCGGCCAGACAGGGAACUUCGAUAUGGAUAAGGAGCAUGGCUACAUGGCUAAGGUGCUGUAUGAGUAUGCGAAUGACAUGAAGGCUCAGCAGGCCAUCGUCCAGAAGACCGUGAAGGAAUUCGAGAAGUACACUGAUGUCAUCGUUGGGUUGGGUGACAAGAAGCGGGCCGAUGUCGCUAAGUCUGCCAAUGAUGUCAAACUCCUCGGGCCCCAGCUCGACCAGAUCAACCGCUGGGUGGAGGAGAAGCUUCGGCAGAAGCAGGACACGGUCGCCUCGGCAGAGGCGCAAGCGAUGCUGCAGGAGUCCUACUUUGCAACGGCCCUGGAAAGCAUUAUGGAUGCUGUGCAGCUGGAGUGUGAGGAUCGCUUGCAACAGCCAGCUGUCGAUGAGUCUGUUACCAUGGACCUCGAAGCCCAACUGCAGGCAAUGAUGCUAGAUGCCCAGGGCGCCGACGAAGCAGCCGGACGUGCGAGCCCACCUCCGGAGCCUUUGCUGGCUGUGAAGGACGAGCCCUGUGCAAAGGCAGUGGAGCUCGAGCCGGCGACCGAGCCUGAGCAAUCCCUCGAAGUCGGCCUCGAUGCGGAGGCCGCUGCAAAGGAGGCCAAGAGACUGCAGCACAAUGCCCGGGUGACAUUCGAUCGCAGAAUCAAAAGUGGGGACUGUCCGCCCCUGCUCCUCGAGAAGAUCCAGUCCUUCCAGGAUCGCCUCAAGCUGAUGCAAUCUCUGUUCCACGACUGGCACCAGAACGGUGGGGAUUGGCUGCGAACCACUCUCUAUCAAGAGGUCGAGAGAAAAACAAGUGAGAAAUCUAAGGGCAAGCAAAAGAUGGUCAGCUUCAAGGCUUUGAAGGAGAAAUUCGGCAAGCGGAACGCCGAGCGUAUCCGCGACAACAAAAAACAGCUCGAGCAGUCGCGAGACGGCAACCGGGAACCCCGCCCGCACUGGUUCAAGCAUCCGGAUGCAGGCGACGACUGGGAAAUGUUCAGGUGUUUUGAUUCUCUCGAGUUUGAAUUGAAAGACGUCAGCUCCAGCUCCACAGGCUACACCUCACGAGUCAAUGUGGGCAGUGAAGCCUGCUCCCAGCUUGCGCCCACGAUGAUGGACAUGGCGAACCACCCUGGAGCAAAGCGGCAGGACUUCGGCCUCGGCAAUCCAGCUCUGAUGAUCCAAAACUCCAACUCGCGGGAGUCCUUGCCGGGCAACGACAAUGGUGCGAAGCUGCCAGGCACGAAGAAGGUGAAUGCUUAUGCCCUCACCAAAAAGCUCAACAGCAAGAUUCAGGCUACUGCUUCGAAGCUCACCGAAAUCUUCGUGUGGACACGGAAGAUUAGCGAGUGCUCUAUCGAAACCCUGUCGGACAAGACAAAGGAGGGCUUCAACGAUCAGUUGUCCGCCACGAAAGCGGACUUCGAGACAGUGAAAAUGAAGAUGGAGGCCCUCUACAGCAGCUGCCACACCGUGGCAGACAAGGACCUGUCGACUGAGGUGCAAUCGAACAUAGAGGAGUUGCUGCAGUCUGCUGAUAAGUUGGCAAACGACCUGACGGGUGAUCUCGCGAGAGCGAGGACAUCGCCCAUGUUCAACCACUUGAUGCGGGCAGUUGGCCGUGGUGCAUCCUUCACGAGUGCCCGCGAGUCGCUGCAAGCGAUGAAAGAGGAGAUGAAAACUUACGGGGUCAAGAUGGCCGGCCGUUGUGCCAAGCUGGAGGUUCCAAUCGACAUGGUGGACGUGCCCAUCAAACCUGAGCUCAGCCUGGGAAUGGCUACACUUGCCGCCUACAUGCGGCCAGUGAUUGCAAGCUUCAACCUGCUGCUGCAAGGUGUUCCUAUAUGCCGCUCGGGUGAGGUUCUGGUCUACGGGAUGUGCACCGAAGUCAGGGGCGAUUGGAAGUGGCAGAAGGAAUGGCUGGGGCUCCGAACUGGAUGGAGCUCAAAGGAGCUCUGCCCCAUAUUCGAUUUGCACAAUGUCUGCCCCGCCACCUUCCGGUGGUGCAGCAUGCACGUGAUAAACUUGGGAGUGGCAUUGUGGGUGGUGGGCAGCUGCUUCAAGCUGCUGUUGAUGGAGUUUCAGGUUUGGGGAGAUGGCAGCGACGGUGAGCACUUCCUCGCCUUGUGGUUCAACAUGUGCGAAGACUCCCAGCGGUACCUGGACGAUGCCCAUGCAUAUGGAAUGCAGGACUGCUGCGACAGGUCUAUGAUGGCUUACAUGUUGCUGUCCGAGAAAGCUGCUUCGAUGCACCGGCCGCUGUGGCCUUUGAAACCUAAGUUUCAUGUGGCCAGGAUGCAAUAG